AUGGAUAAAGGACUAGCACACAGCCACAUCACAGGACUCGGCGUAGACAGGGCAAUGAACGUAACAGAUGCAGCAGGGUUAGUGGGAAUGAUUAAACAAAGACAGGCAGCAAGUAUCUUCACAGAUAUGAUCAUAAACAAAAAGACAGCAGGAAAGGCCCUCCUCAUCUCAGGAGAAAGCGGCAGUGGUAAAACAGCACUCGCAGUCGGAAUCUCUAAAGAACUCGGUGCAAGAGUCCCUUUCGUUAGAAUGACCGGAAGUGAAGUGUACUCAGCAAAAGUUAAAAAAUCGGAAAUACUCCACCAAGCCAUUCGCCGUGCCACAAGCAUACGGAUCCGUGAAGUAAAAACCGUCUACGAGGGUGAAGUAGUCGACAUAAAAGUACAAGAAAAGGAAGACCCGUUAAAUAAUUAUAAGAAAAUAAUUUCGAGCGUGCACGUGUCCCUGAGGAGCACAAAACGAUCGGAGCGGCUCACUUUAAACCCGAUCCUGUCCCAGGAGAUAAUCAAACAGAAAAUAACGGUCGGUGACAUAAUAUACAUAGAACCAGAGCAGAAUAUAAUUAAAAAGAUCGGGCGGAGUGACUCAUACGCCUCAGAAUUUGACAUAGAAAGUGACAAGUACGUGCCCCUACCAAAGGGAGAUAUCCUCACAAAAAAAGAGAUCCUUCAGGAGAUGACCCUGCACGAGGUGGACAUGGCAAACACACGAUCGGAGGGUCGGGAUAUUUUAUCGAUCGUAUCACAAGCCCAGCAGACAGAAAAAGUGGAAAUUUCAAGUAAAUUAAGGGAGGAGGUCAAUUUAAAGAUAAAUAACCAGGUAAGCACAGGUACAGCAGAGAUCACACCCGGUGUACUAUUCAUAGAUGAGUCAGAUAUGCUGGAUAUCUCGUGUUAUUCAUUCCUUAGCACUAUAUUAGAGACAGAUACGUGCCCUAUAAUCAUACUGGCCACUAAUAAAGGCAUAAUAAAGAUACCCGGGACAGAUGAACUUGGUCUGUUCGGGGCACCGAGUGUGUUCAUAACCCGAUUAUUCAUUAUAACCACUGAGAAACCGGCGUACGCAGAUAUUUGCAAGAUCAUCGACCAGAAAAUAAAAACAGAAUCCAUAAAAAUAACGGAACCCGCCAGGAAUUUAUUAUAUAAAUUAGCAAAUGAGAGCACUUUAAGGUUCACAUUUGGGGUUUUACCGUUAGCAAAUAUUUUAUCUGAAGAAAUAACGGAAAUUUCCAUAAAAGAGAUUUCAAAUAUGUUUAACCACCCAAAUUAA